UUGCCUUGUGAAUGCCCAAUAUAUAAAAUAGAGGUCUGACUUUAUUUUUAUUAGUUAAGAAUAGGGUUGGGGUUUUCUUGUCCGGUCGCAUUUUUUGAAUCAUUUUUGCGGGCCAAAAUUCGAUGCUCGACUCUAUUUUUCGGUUGGAUCGGGCCCCAACCCUAGUUAGGGAAAUAAGUUUUUUUUGGGACAAUAUGUAUCUUAAAAUAUUUAUAAAUUUAUUUAUUAGAUUUUUACGAAAAUAUUUUUAUUUAUUUAAGUUUUUUUAAUUCUAAAUUCUUCUUACAUUUAUCCUUUACUUACAUAAGUUUCACUUUCUUAAUUUAAAAGAAAUAUUUUUUUUAUUUAUGCCUUAUAUAUUUUCUGCCUUUAAAUUUUAUUCUUUCUAAAUGUUACAUUUCUCUUAUAGCAAAUAAUAAAUUAUUGUUGGAUAGAAAAAAAUAAAUAAAAAUUUGUUGCUGAAUUUUUUUUUUAAUUAUUUAAUUAAUAAUCAUUUAAAUAUUUUUUAAAAUAAUUUUUAGUUAAUUUUUUAAAUUUUUCAAGGGUUUUUAUAGAUGCUUUUUUAGUUAAAAUAAUUAUUUAUUUUUGGAAUGUCUUCAACAUUUUCAAAAAAUUCUUCUUUUAAUCUUUCUUCGAGUAGUACAAUUUCUAAUGGAUCAAAUACAUCAUUAAAUAGCAGCAAUUUUGAUAUUGAUCCAUUGAAGUUAUUGACAAGUAAAUUGAGUAAAUUUAGAGAUCAAAUAUCGCAAACUCUUUUGUCUACUCCAGAAGGAUUUUCUUCGUUGAGCGCAUUCAUUGAUGAUUUUCGUUUCUUCUACGGCUUCAAUCCUUCAGAACGUGCUCGUUCUUUUGGUUAUUUUUCUCUUUAUGAAUUUCUCAAGUCUGACUAUAUGAAAGGACGUGUUUGUUUCAAAAUUAAUUUUAAUGGAGAAUUGUUUCUGUUCCCAUUAGCUGAUGACAACACUCGACAAAUUUUUAAUCAAAUACUUAUUUCAUAUGAUGAGAGAAUUCAGAGGAAUAAACGGUAA